AUGGCUUCAAUGAAACCCAUCUUUUGUGCUACCCACCCAAGAGCAUGCUCUACCGCAUUCGAAAGAGUCUUCAUGACUCGCGAUGAUGUUCUCGCCUGUGUUCACGAACCCUUCGGAGAUGCAUUCUACUUCGGUCCCGAGAGACUCAGCCCGAGAUAUGAGAAUGACGAGUCCGCUCGUCAGGAGAGUGGUUUCGCAGAUAGUACAUAUAAGAAAGUCUUUGAGAGAAUUGAGAAAGAAGGGAAAGAGGUUAGAAUUAGAUUUACUUUCACCAUUUUUCCUUUGAAUAGAUUUAGUUCUGCUGUUUUGCGGGAACCCUCGAGAUUGGAUUGGGUCAUGAGACGAGUGUCUGAUUUUGAGGACUCUGCCUCUGCUGGAAAGCGUCUGUUCAUCAAAGAUAUCAUUCACUAUCUCGUACCUCCUCAAGGUAAACCAGCAACAAUUGCGCCAUCACUCGUUGGUAAAAGUGUAAAGAAAGGAGUAGGAACCAAUGGCGAAACAAAUGGGACAAACGGAGUAUCAAAUGGUGAAACCAACGGUCACCACACCAAUGGUCACACAAAUGGUCACACCAACGGUCAAACUAACGGCUUUACAAACGGAACCAGCAAGAAAGCUCCCUAUCCCUACGACACUGCCGCCGAACCCGGAAACCCUACCGUCGUCCCCGCCGAAAUCCUCAAACAAUUCCACUUCACCUUCCUAAUCCGUCAUCCCCGCUCCAGCAUCCCCUCUUACUUCCGCUGCACCAUCCCUCCUCUCGACAAAGUAACCGGUUUCUACGAUUUCAUGCCCCAAGAAGCAGGCUACGAUGAACUCCGCCGCGUUUUCGAUUUCCUCCGCUCCAAAAAUCAAGUCGGUCCCUCGCUAGCCCAGACCCCUGAUUCCGCCUCGAAAAAUUUAAAGGAUGGAGAAGUUAGUAUUACAGUUAUUGACGCAGAUGAUUUAUUGGAUAAUCCAGAGGGAAUUAUUAAGGCGUAUUGUAAAGAGGUGGGGAUGGAAUAUGAUCCUAAUAUGUUGAUUUGGGAUACCGAGGAACAUCAUCGUAAAGCUAGGGAAGCUUUUGAGAAGUGGAGGGGCUUUCAUGAUGAUGCGAUUAGUAGUACGAGUUUGAAAGCUAGGAGUGUGGAACAUAAAAAGAAACCCAAAACUCCAGCUCAAGAAAAUGAAGAAUGGACCCAGAAAUAUGGUCUUGAGGCAGCGGAAAUCAUUAGACGUACUGUUGAUGCUAAUGUAGAGGAUUAUGAGUAUUUGAAAAGUUUCGCUGUUAGGGUUUAG